CAUUACGAGAUUACAGUGUAGGGAGGGCUGCAUGGAGAGCUGAAAAGACAAAACAAAAGCCACACAUUUCAACCAACAGGCGCGGGUCGCUUUUUAUUUUUUUGUAAACCUAAAACAAAUUUGAUUAAAUAUUCGUAUCGAUUUUCAUUUAACGCCAGUAUUAUAAAAGUUUUGUAUCAUGCCGAGUAGCACGUCUUUGCUGGAGGCCGACGAGGGAGAGUCCGAGGUCCCACCGCCGCUAGUGCACGCUUUCGCCGGUAUGGGCCUUGAGGAGCACCACGGCACCCAGAGCCAGAUCCACGAACUAGUAGAUGAGAGCCUCUCCUAUCACCACCACCACCAUCAGCUCCCCCCGGUUUCUCAUUUCAACCUCCUCGGUACGGUCCUAGACUUAAAGCCCCUGCCUCUGCAUCGGCCGCCCUCGGGAGAUGGACUGAACAUAGCGGCUGCGCCCGAGGAUGAAGAGCCAGAAGUUGUAGCCGCCGCCGACUCCUUAUUGCUAGCGCAGGCCCACCGCCACCAACACCUUCACUCGGGGCCGGGUGGCUCCGUGAUGCCUCCCGGGAUGGAGCCGCCUCACGUCGAGACUGUCUUGUUGUACAACGGAGACGAGCGGGACGAUACCGGGCUCGUCGGCAGCGCCCUACCGCCGGCAGGCAGCAUGGCGCUACUACCGCCCGGCGUGUACGGAGAGUCGGGCUACGAGGCCGAGUCUUCGCUGUUGGCUCGGCGAAAGAGCGUCAACACGACCGAAUGUGUGGCGGUGCCGAGCUCCGAGCACGUCGCGGAGAUUGUGGGCAGGCAGGGCUGUAAGAUUAAAGCUCUUCGAGCCAAGACCAACACCUACAUUAAGACACCAGUGAGGGGAGAGCAGCCCGUCUUUGUUGUGACGGGCCGCAAAGAAGAUGUGGCCAUGGCUAAGAGGGAGAUCCUGUCUGCAGCCGAGCACUUCUCCCUCAUCAGAGCCUCUCGAAACAAGACGGGCCCUUUGUCUGCUGCAACCGGUCCAGGGACUCCCUCUCUACCUGGACAGACGACCAUUCAGGUGCGGGUACCAUACCGUGUUGUAGGGCUGGUUGUGGGUCCCAAAGGGGCAACUAUCAAACGUAUUCAGCAACAGACCCAUACCUACAUUGUGACGCCGAGUCGUGACAAAGAGCCGGUGUUCGAGGUCACCGGGAUGCCGGAGAACGUGGACCGUGCAAGGGAUGAGAUAGAGGCGCACAUCGCCCUCCGCACAGGAACCUGUGGAGGCAUUGAGGCUCCUGGUGUAGACAACAAUGACUUUCAAUACAAUGGGACAGACGUCAGCUUUGAGAAUUCUGCAGCAGCAGCUGGGCUGGGGGAGGCCGGAUGGCUUCAUGCAGGUGCUUCAUCCCAGAGUGGUGGCGGCGGCAGUGGUGGUGGUCAUGGUGGCGGCGGUGGUGGUGGUGGUGCUGGUGGUGGCGGUGGCGGUGGCCUGCUGCCCAUGACCAUCAACGGUACUCAGCCAGUCAAUAGCAAUAUUAACAGCGGUGUCAGGAUGUCCUCCACCUACCGCAACGACAGCUCCAGUUCUCUGGGCAGCGGCUCCAGUUCAGCUGAUUCUGUCUACGGCACUGGUAAUGGUAACCGGAUGGCAGAUUUAAGUCCGACCUGUCAGUUUAAUACUAAUGCUAACAACAACAACAACAACAACAACAACAGUAAUGGUGGCGGUGCAAAUUUCUGGUUUGGCGAGAGUCUUCUUCCUGUGGGGUCUGAGGAGCUGGUCAGCCUGGGAGGUGGAGGCUCUUCCUCAGGAUUCGAUCCAUUAACCAUCUCCACUGCCCAAGCAGCGCACCCUGCUGCACAGCCACAAAUAUGGAGCCCCUAUGUGGACCACCAACCCCCCCAGGCCUUCGAUGCUCGUCAUUCUCAGACCAGUCAGCCUGGAACGCCUCGGCUCUCUCCAACCUUCUCCGGGACAGAAGCCUUGGAGCACCCUCAGGCUCAGCGAGUUCACAGAGGCCCUUUUGCCUCGGCUGGGACCCUCGAUGCCCACAGGUUCCCCUCUUACAGCUCGGCCUUCUCCUCUUCCAGUGAAAGCACCGCCUCCUCUUCCUCCCCUCCUGAGUCCUCCCUCUCCCAUCGACCAGGGCUCGUAUCAGCAGGGAGAGGUCAGGAGAUAUGCAUCCACUGUAUGGAUAACCAGGUGAUCGCUGCCUUGGUUCCCUGCGGCCAUAACCUCUUCUGUCUAGAUUGUGCCACCCAUAUAUGCCAGGGUCCAGAUGCUAUUUGCCCUGUGUGCCUGUCUCCCGUCACACAGGCCAUUCAGCUUCGCAACAUGUGAUGUUAAUCCAUUUACUUUGACGGCUGAUGAAGGAUCAGCCUCCCCAACACUUCCAAUUCAUGUGUGGGGAAAUUACAAAUAACUGACCCCGAAUCAGUGUCUAGGUUUGUCCUCACGCCUGUUUUGACCAAGCUGGUGUUUGGUUGACAAGGGUGAGGAAGAAUAGGUGAAUUAGGAAUGAUCUGUAUUUAGGGCAUGGGUUAGGGUGUUAAGCCCGUUCAUGUGCCUGCUAUUGUGAAGUCUUCUUCCAUGAUUGAUUGAUUGAUUGAUUGAUUGAUUGAUUGAUUGAUUGAUUGAUUGAUCGAUCAAUGGGAGGGUGGGAAACCCUCUGUAGCAUUGGGUGGGGUGGGAUAUAUAUUAUUAUUUUUUUGCUUAUCAUGAUUUUUGAUUUACAUUAACUUCUCCCUGAAGCAUUAUCAGUUUCUGCCUAACUAUAUUUUUAUCAAAAAAUUUAAAUGUACUUUGAAUUAUAUUAGAUACAUAAUGCUCUCGGGUCAACGUUAAUUUUUAUCUACAUCUCAAAAGUUGUCUUUUUUUAUAUAUUUUUUAUUCGCUGCUACAAUUGUUUUUAUGUGAUGAAAUAUAGCCCAGCCCCCUUAGCCUCCUAAUUAUUGUGUUCACAGCUAACUUAAAGGAACAAAGAAGUGAGCAUGUUUAUAUAGAACUAGGCCCACUUCUCAAUCUGUAUAAACUAAUAGUAUUCUCCUGGUUACCACAGAAUUUGAAUAUAAUUUACACAUGCUGCAUUAUCCUGACAAAUUCAACGCAAUACUAGAUAAUGUGCGUAAAUAUCAGGCUAGCAAAGUGUAUCUGUGCUACUUUAAACAGGAUAUUAUGUUUACAAGCUCCGGAUUGUAAAUCAAAGCGUAUUGAUAUACAUGCAAACACACCCACAGAGGGUUUUUAAACCAAGUGGGUCAAACUUGCAACUGCAAAGAGUUCACACUCCAAUGGCAACAUCUUGUUGCCUCAGGUUUCUUUCUCUCCCAGACUAGAACCAACAAGUAGUUGGAUCCUUUUUGUUUAGUACAGGGAUGUUACUCCACUUCAGUAUCGCCACGUUGCUUUCCAUUUCUACUUUUGAAAAACUGUUUACGGUAAACUUGUGCCUAAUUCCGUUCCAAAGUAAACAAAGUGUGUUAAACAAACAAAAGUUAAACAAUAACUGGUUCAGCGGACACACAGUGUUGUCUUAAAAAAAAAAACUUGUGGCCUUUUUGGAAAGCCUUUAAUUAACUGACAACACUACCAAUUCAGAUCUUGGCUCGCAAGAACACACUGACAUGUUCUGACAUCUUAAUGUAUUUGUCGGAAGUUCAAUCUCUUAAAUGCAUCUCGGUGGAACAAAGGUUAUAUCACAGGGAUGUUUUCUUUUGCUUCCCAUUUUUAUUCACCACCUUUUUGCUUUUAUGUUUUUAGCACCAAACGCUCCCAUUUAGUUUAUUUCUAUUUCCAUAUUUUCCCUCGCUCAUUGUUUAUCUUUGCCUUUUUUGUUUAUUUCUCGAUUAUAUCCUUGUUAGGGGAAACCAUGUGAUGAUUUUCAGCCAGAAAGAUAUGCACGGCUCAUCCCUUUUGGAAACAUUCCUCCUCCCCUGUAUUGAAGUCACUUUUGUUUGGCUAGUUAGUAGUAAAACCUCACCUGGAAGCCACAAUAGUUUAUGAAACUCUACUAUGAAGACAGAUGUAAUCUGGAACAAAUCCACGACAGACUUUUCAGCCAUCUCAAUAGUGUCCUUUUCUUUCACUUGGACUGCUCCACCCUGUGGCCGUCUCCUCACAGCCAUGUGUUGUCCUUGUUGGUAAGCAGACAGCUAAAUAAUUCCAUUGGGAUGCAAAAUGGAGACGGCAGCCAUCCACGUCUUGUCUACCAGGCCUAUGCAAAAAUUCAGUCUCAGUAUACUACUCGAGGAAGCACUAGAUAAAUGAUCUCCUCUGGUUUCAAUUACAGAGCUCAAACUAUCUUGGGCAUAAACUUGUAGACAGACAUAUCCCUUCUGUUUUUACAGGUUACAUUUCAUUCGGGGUUAACCUUCAUUACCUGCUCUAAUGCAUUGAUGAGAUGUUUCAAUGGCACACACGUUGCUACUCAUGUCUCAUCAGCUCCAUUGUCAUUGUGCUGUGCCCUACUAAGCACAGCCUUCCCCAUAUCUUAUCACACUAUUGACAAGUUUGGACUCCAAAACACAGUCUGACCUUUGUUUCCUUCCCUCCAAUGUGUGCAUCUGUCCGUUCCUCCGCCUGAAAAGUGAAGAAAAAGGUACAAAUUGGUGGAAAUCAUCUCAAAUCUUAGCUUUAAAACACCAGUGAGACUAGACUUUGUUUUACAGGAUUCAAUGAAUUGACGGACAUUUCGAAGGGGAACCAGCUGGAAAGAUUUAAUCUGGGACUGGGCUGACACUACAUGAGGUCAAUACUGUUGCUUUACUUUGUGGACAUUGGGCCGUAGUCAGGCUGGCAUUCCAGCUGUAAACAAUAUUUGGGAGUUAUUCUAUUGCUUGGCUCCGUUUCUUAAAUAUCACCUUUCGUGGAUGAUUGAGCUUUCUCAAGGCAAUGGAACCGAAUGAGUCCCAAAAGUGCAUAAAAACCCAUCUGCUUCUGCCCCCUCGGGUCUUCUCUCCGUCCUUUUUGUUUCACUUCUCUCUGCUGGGGGUUGAUCUUUGCUCUUUCUCUCUCGGAGGGAAUGCAAUACACUGUCGGCCCUCAGUUUAUUGACAUGAAUCUAAUGACAUUUUUGUGUAUGUAUUAUAUAUUACUGUUAAUGACUGAUGAAUAUACAGAACUUAUUUUUAUUUUGUUACAUUUCAUAUAUAUACAUAAAUAUAUCUAUAUUAAAAUGUUUACAAUAAGAUUUUACAUUUUUUUUUUUUUUUUACUUUUCUCUGAGUGAUUUAAGUGAAUGAAAAGUUGGAAACCCAGAAAUGUUGCAGAAGGGUGUCGAUGAUAUCUGCUUGUAGUCUAGUUAUUAGUUUACAGUAUUGAUAGAUGCCAUUUAACCUAGUGGAAAAUGGAAUGUGCAUCACGAGCAUGUCUUCAUAAUGUACAGCCAAUGUAAAACGUAACACUGCAACUGUAAAAAGGCCAAGGAUUCAAGCUGCCUGUCAUGUCUGUACGCCACCAAAUUAAGAACGGUAUACUGUAAAAUGUAUCUUAGAUUAUCUAUAUAUAAAUACAUAUAUUGUUAAGCUGUACCAACAGUUCAAAGUAUUUGCUAAUUUUACUACACUUUUGUUAUGUAUAUGUCGGGGGAGUCUUAUGGCAUAUAAAUUCUUCAAAUUGAGUCAGGAGUUUAAAAGCAGACUAUAUUUUAUAACGGCCUUUUAAGUUAUUGCGGCCAAAGCACUGAUAUUAUAUAUUUGCUGUAAAGAGAAUUUAAGAGUUUUAUUUUUCUGAUAUUAAAGUUACUUAAUAAAGACGGUUUCAUUUUACGAUG